UGACACCCACUCCCAUCAUCUCGUUUUGUUUGCCAGUCUUGCCCUCCCCGGUUCUCAUCCAGUGAAGCCCAACCGCUCUUCUCAAUCCCUUUUCUCGCUUUUCAUACCCGCUGCGAUACCAUCAUCCUCUCUACGUCAACGCAGCGUUUACCGCCAGCUCAUCCACCUUUUGCUCCACUGCCCGCGUAGGCCAAUAUUCUCAGUCAUGAAGGCGCCUGUCCCAAUUCUCAAACGCUCAGGAGCGUAUCUCGCCCGGUCGUCUUGCGUCCAUAUACCUAUCACCGAGGCGCCGCGUCUAUUUCCCGCCGCCGCCGCCGCCGUGAUCAUCACUGCGACGACAGAGCUAUACCUGGUCGACUUCCUCAAACAACUGGCUCGCCAUCUGCGCGCCUUACGGGACGGCUUGCUGGUUGGGCAUCGGAAGAUCUUCGACAUGUAUGAGCAUCGCGGCGACAACCUCAUAGGCGUUGUUGGUUCCGACGUCAUUCUCGCCGAUUAUGGAAGCUUGUGCUGCAAGUAUCCAAUCAUCCAUAAGGUCGCCUUGCAGGCCAUUACGUGCAACGCAGUCUUGAACGCCCUCGCCAAAGUGACCAACAUCUUCCAGGGCGUCGUGGACUACAAGGAAGCUGCCGACCUCCUGGAAGCGAUCCUUGGCAAGCUCGACCAGGUCUUAGGACACGCUCGAGCCCGGGCCCUUGUGACGGAACUUCUCCGGCCCCUCGUGAAGUCGGCCGUGAUGGCAUGCUAUGCACAGCUCAGCGCGCGUUAUGCGGACAGGCCUUCCCGCAUCCCGCCCACUCUGUCGCCAAGGAUCAAGUCUUUCACUCUGGCGUUCGACAGGCUUCCUGUCGAGCACGCUGUCGAUCGUCACUUCCAUCUGCGCGCCAAAUCGCAUUCCCGGCUUGCCGGGCCCUCGAGCGCGACGUCCCUUGAGCAGUCCACAGCUCCGUCUUCCGACGCCCACCCGCACACCGACGUGGCGCUAGAUGCUCGGAGUCGAGGAACGAAGCGGGGCAGAGACGACGAUCCGAUAGCCGACGCUGGAGCGGAGGAGGAGGGUAUGGACGAGCACUCGCAAUUGUUGUCGUCGAACGCGGUCUUGCAAACUCAGCCGCAUCGGAAGAAGCGCAAGUUUGGAGCAUCCCCGGGGAACAAAGAGAACGAGCCUCUUGCAGCUGUACCGCCUGUCAACGCGACAGUACAGACCCCUGUCACGUCCCGCGCAUCUCACGAUCCUAUCUGUCGCGCGUUACAAGCCCUUCCUCCCGGUGCCAUCGUCUUUAACCUUCCUUGCGCAACCGACAGCGUCUACCCUGCCGCGAUCGAUGAAAGCGUCGGAGAAAACCUGGUUCACUACAUCCUCAUGGCUGCAUUCACCGAUGACUGGGCCGACGAAGGGAUGAGCUCACACGCAGCAAAGGAAGCGGUGGAGGCGAUGAUCUCGACGGAAACUGUCGAAUAUAUCGCUCGCAUACUCGAUAUCCGCGGUACCUUCUUCCGGAUGGUAGCUCGCGCCUCUCGUGAGCAUCCGCUCAAAGUCGUUCGGCAGGCGGUGCUGGCCAUCUACGUCCAUGUCCUUCCGGUUGCUCUGGGCAUUGCUAGGCCGUUUUACGUCUAUUUCCAACCCCACUCGCUUGAACAUACGCGCAAGCAUCUUGUGGACGUCUUGCGGCUUCGGGAGGCUGGCCACGUUCAUCAACCAAAUGUCCACCCCAUGCACGCUGUGCUCGCGACGAAUCGCUUCACGAUCGAACACAUCUUCGACAGACGGUUCCUUCGCAUCUUACGCCUUCUUUGAUACCUUUUUUUCUCGUUUUCUCCCAUUCGUUCUUUGGACUUAUAACAUACUACUUAUAAUCGCCGCGCAGUGCAUUAACUAUCCCGUGUACGACCCCCAAGAACGCUCCCCUUCGUACCCAUAUAUGUUGUAGUAAUACCCCACACACUAGACGACCCUGGUACCGACAGGAAAUAAUGAGGCCUUUUGCAGACG